UCCCGUGUGUGCCCCCCCCCCACCACCACAGCCGCCGCCGCCGCACCGCCGCCUGCCCCCGGCCCCGCCGCCGGAUGCGGAUGAUCCACGGCGCUAAAAGAUGGAGGGGAUGACGCUGAGCGAGGCGGAGCAGCGCUACUACUGCGACCUCUUCUCCUACUGCGACACCGAGAGUACCAAGAAGGUGGCGUCCAACGGGCGCGUCCUGGAGCUCUUCCGCGCCGCGCAGCUGCCCAACGACGUGGUCAUGCAGAUUAUGGAGCUCUGUGGUGCAACAAGACUUGGCUAUUUUGGAAGAAGUCAAUUUUACAUUGCUUUGAAACUUGUUGCUGUGGCCCAAUCUGGUCUCCCUCUAAGAGUGGAAAGCUUAAAUACAGUAAAGGACCUCCCUCUUCCCAGAUUUGUUGUGUCAAAGAAUGAACAAGAGUCAAGACACACAGCCUUGUAUUCCUCAGAUGCUGAUAACCCAGCUUCAUAUUCAGGUGUGAUUCCUCCUCCUCCACCUGGCAGGAUACAAGUCAAAAAAGGCUCUGUGAGCCAUGAUGCAGUUCAGCAGCGUACAUCAACUGAUCAACAGGAGUCCACCUCUCCAGUUGUUUCACCACAGCAAUCCCCACCAACCUCUCCACAUAGCUGGAGGAAGCACAGCCGCCAUCCCAGCGGAGGGAAUAAUGAGCGACCCCUUGCUGGACCUGGGCCUUUUUGGGCUCCAUUUAGUGAAGUACAACCAGGCUCAUCUACUUCUAGUGAUCCCAUAUGGUCUGGCCAUUCACCACCACCCCAUCAAGAAAAUUGGGUCAGUUUUGCAGAUACCCCACCAACCAGUGCUCUUUUAGCCAUGCAUCCUGCUUCUGUCCAGGACCAGACAACAGUACGAACUGUAGCAUCAGCUACAACAGCAAAUGAAAUUCGUAGGCAAUCAAGUAGUUAUGAUGACCCCUGGAAAAUAACAGAUGAACAAAGGCAGUAUUAUGUUAAUCAGUUUAAAACCAUUCAACCUGAUCUAAAUGGAUUUAUACCAGGAUCUGCAGCUAAAGAAUUUUUCACUAAGUCAAAACUACCUAUUCUUGAACUUUCUCAUAUUUGGGAACUGUCAGAUUUUGAUAAAGAUGGUGCACUGACAUUGGACGAGUUCUGUGCUGCAUUUCAUCUGGUAGUUGCUAGGAAGAAUGGGUAUGAUUUGCCAGAGAAGUUACCUGAAAGUUUAAUGCCCAAACUGAUUGAUUUGGAAGACUCAACGGUGAUUCCUGUCGUUUCAGAAGUUGGGGAACAGACUGGUGAGGUAGGUUACUCUGGCUCUCCAGCAGAAGCACCUCCAAGCAAGUCUCCAUCAAUGCCAUCCCUAAACCAGACCUGGCCAGAAUUGAAUCAGAGCAGUGAGCAGUGGGAGACAUUUAGCGAACGCUCUUCAAGCUCACAAACUCUGACCCAAUUUGAUUCUAACAUUGCACCAGCUGAUCCUGACACUGCAAUUGUGCACCCAGUUCCUAUAAGAAUGACUCCAAGCAAAAUCCACAUGCAGGAAAUGGAGCUUAAAAGAACUGGAAGUGAUCAUGCUAACCCUACUAGUCCACUACUUGUGAAACCAUCAGAUCUCCCAGAAGAAAAUAAAAUUAGUUCGUCUGUAAAAUUUACAUCUGGAAAUACAGUUACAGAUGGUUACAGCAGUUCGGACUCCUACACUUCAGAUCCGGAGCAAAUCGGAAAUGCUGUAACACGGCAACGAUCACAUUCAGGAACAUCUCCAGAUAACACUGCACCACCACCACCCCCUCCAAGGCCUCAUGCUUCUCAUUCUCGGUCGUCAUCUUUAGAUAUGAACAGAUCCUUUUCAGUUACCCCAGGACAGCAACAGGCUGGAGUUGUUGCCUAUCCGCCUGCAGUGCCUCCAAGACCACAGCCUUCACAGGGCACAGGUCCUCAUGUGCAUCGCUCAGUGGAUGCUGAUGGCCUAAUAGCUCAUAGUAGUACCUCACCUCAACAAAUACCAGAACAGCCAAAUUUUGCAGACUUCAGCCAGUUUGAGGCAUUUGCUGUUUCAGGUGUAAACAAAGAGGAAGAAGAUGAAAUUGAAACGCACUCGGAAGCCUUGCAGGUUGAAAAGCCCUCUGAUUCUGCAAGUUCUCUUAGAGUUGCCAAAGCAGAUGGAAGAGUUGAAGACAAAGCACCUGCAAAUGUCCCCAGUAGUGCGGGUAAAGGCACUACCCCACUUGCUCCACCACCGAAGCCUAUUCGUAGAAGAUUAAAAUCAGAAGAUGAGCUAAGACCUGAAGCUGAGGAACAUACACAGAAAACAGGUGUCAUAGCUGCUGUUCUUGCUUCACAGCCAUCUAUCCCUAGAUCAGUGGGGAAGGACAAGAAGGCAAUUCAGGCAUCAAUCAGACGUAACAAGGAAACCAACACUGUUUUGGCCAGAUUGAACAGUGAACUACAGCAGCAACUAAAGGAUGUUCUUGAAGAGAGAAUCUCCCUGGAAGUCCAACUGGAACAACUUCGACCCUUCUCUCACCUCUAAGCCUACUGCCGUUAACUGUGAAUUUACUAAUUUUGAAAGGGGUAUUGGUUUUAAGGCCUAUUUAAAUAUCCAUGCAUCUAGCUCAAUGCACUCUAUUCUACAUUAAAUGUUGUGGUUCUGUUUUGUCAAUUUGUUCACUUUUGUAUUUUAAAUAUUUUAAUUUCAGUACAGAGAGAAAAAAAAAAAAACAAACUACUUUUUCCUUGAAUGUGACACUGCCUCUCACAUCUUUCUCUGUGGGCAUCCAUGGUCUUUGUUGGACUCAAGUUUGCAGAGUUUGUCACCAAAAUUGCCAACUGGAAUUUUUUUGUAGGUUUUUUUUUUUUUCCUGUUGAAACAUCUUUGCAGAAGAGGGUUGCUAAUCAGUUGAUUUUAACCUUUAAGCACAUAAACUCUUCAUUCACUAUGGCAUUUAUUUUAUUGUGCCAGAAAAGAGAGAAACUACUAAUCUGUCAUCAGCCAAUGUUACUUCCCAAGCUGCCUUUCACAAUUGGAAAUUGUUCACGACGCUAGAAAGCCUGCCUCUUUGCAAUUCCCCAGCUUACUCAGGUUGGAAAAGUUCUUGCAGGCUGUUUGCCAUAUCAACUGGAUUGGAUUUUGUGAUUUUUGUUGCAUACAUUACAGAGUAUGUAACCACAGAUUGCCAGGUGUUCACAUUUUAUCCAUUCAUGGUCCUGAUUCAGCCGCAUGCGUAGAAGCAUUUGUGGCACAAUUGGUAGUCUAUCAAACAGGUCUUCUUUAGUUCUCCCUUUUGUGAAAAGAGUUGGGUGUAGGUCCCAAACAUUAAUUGCACAUUAUCUAAGCACCACCUGUAAUUUGCAUGUCUCACACGUUACCUUUUAAUAUUAGCAGAUCACAUCCACCAGUCUUCACUAUAACAAAUUGUAUUGUCAAGUAAAAUGUCAACACCUCUAUAAACUUCUAAUUCCCAGCAAAAAGAAAUAUAAAACAAAAAAUGAACAGUUUUGCUUCUUAGGAAUUCUGGGGUACCUUCUGUCAUCUUGUUUCCAGGCCUUACUUCUCUGGCAUAUAGACAGGCUUCACUAUUAACAGAGUUCCUUGAGUGUAUCUUGCUCUUCAGGUUGAUGUACUGUAUUAGGAUUUGUUGUAUAUUGUACGAUACACACAUUUUGAUCUCAUAUGUAAAUUUGCAUUAAUUGCUGACUAACAGCAGAUAUUCUAUUUAAUGGCUUCUUCUGGCUGUGGGAUCAUAGAUGUUUAACUGCAUGGAUGUAUCUCUGCAGAAUCAGAACUAGCAAUUGUGUGAUUUUUACACCAAUAAAACAGCACAAUAUUUUAA